CAUUUCGGAACGCUGAGACAACGGGCGGGCGCUCCCAUUGGCCGCCGCCGCGGCCCGACAGAAUCUCACGGCCGCCAACGUUCGCUGCGGGGCGGCCGCAGGAGAGAACCGGCCGCUGCCCUAACCGCGGGGCCGGCCGAGGCGUGUUCCAGCCCCCGGGGCCGGGAUCCGCCUCAACAUGCCCUGACCUAGCGGGGCUCGCUGCGCAAGUCUAGAUUUGGUUGCAUGGGGAUUUCAGUGAACAAGAAGCUGGAUAGGAGUCAGCAGUGUGCCCUCCCUGCCGAGAAGGCCAACGGCAUAUUGGGCUGCAUUAGAAGGAGCAUUGCGAGCAGAUCAAAGGAAGUGAUUAUUCUCCUCUAUUUGGCACUGGUUGAACAUGGCUGACCUGGUUCAUAAAAGGGGGAAGAGGCGGGACGACAAUGGGCUGGGCGGUGCUGUUGACUUCCUAUUGGCCAAUGCCAGGCUGGUGCUUGGGGUGGGAGGUGCUGCUGUGCUGGCCAUCGCAACUCUGGUGGUGAAACGGCUGAUAGACCGAGCCACCAGCUCGCCUGACGAGGACGACACUAAGGCAGAGCAGAAGUCCAUCAAGGAGAGCUGGCAAGAUCUGAGCUUGAUCAAGGCAGUGCCGAAGCCUCCAAAGAAGCAGAGCCGGGCAGACCUCAGCGAGUCUCUGCUGUCCCCAUCUGCGACCCUUCCUGCCCAAGCCGCCGAGCCGUGUGGCCGUCCCACCUCCCCAGAGACUCCCCAAGUAGAAUCCAGGACUCUGCUUUGUCUCACGUUCCAGGAGAAACUCCUCUCUUACUACAGAAACCACGUCACCAUCCCGGAGACGGAGGUGGCCCUUGGUAAGCAGCUGGCAAAGGACAUCUGCAUUGAACUGCAGAGCUUCCUGCAAAACAAGUGCCCAGAACUGCCCUUCGGCAGCAUGUUCCUCAGUGGUUCCCUCUGCGAUGACCUCCAGGUUGUUGCUGCCGACCACGUCUGCUUCAUGCUGCCCUUGGUACUUGAAAACACGCUCUGGAGCCUCAUCCCAGGAGAGGACACCAUCGUAAAAGACCCCCAGUUCUGGAUGAUCAGGCGGACUGACAUGGGGUACUUCCCUCGCGGGAGCAGCCCUUGGGACAAGUUCAUAGUGGGCGGGUACCUCUCCUCCAAUGUGAUCAAUGAGGCGCUCCAUAAAAUGCUGGUGGCCUCCGUCAACUGGCCUGCCAUAGGCAGCAUGUUGGAGUGCCUCAUCAGACCCGUGAUGGCUUCUGAGGAGCUGAAGUUGGAGGUUACGCAUUACGAGACCCAGCUGAACAUAACCCUCUGCCCAGUGACGGAAGCUGGGGGUAAGGUUCUUCUUGCCAAGCCUCCAAAAGGACUAGUGGAAAACCUCUGGCGACAAAGCUUUUAUAGGUCCGAGGUCUCCAAGCUUAAAGAUCUGGAUGCUGCAGACUCUGGAGCCAGGCGGUGCUGCCUCAAAAUUCUAAAAGGCAUCUGUAAAAAUCAUCCCUUCUUGAGCAAACUGACUGGCAGCCACCUGACUCAUGUCCUCCUCCACCUGAGUGAAACUGAAUCAGACUGGGCAGAGGAAGCCCUGCCUGCGAGGUUCCAGCACAUGCUUGAAGCGUUGGUUGGCUACCUGGAGACAGGCUUCCUCCCCUGCUAUUUCAACAGUCAAAUUAAUCUCUUCUGUGAGCUGCUGGAAGAGGAGAUAGAUGAGAUGGGGUACGCACUCUACAGUGCUGUAUCUCAGCCAGACCUCUUGUUGCAGGAACAUGUGGAUAAAUGAAUUGCUAGCCUGGGAGUUCCUGAUUGUAGGGUUUUUUGCGCUUCUCUGCAUCCACUUCUCCAAGCUGAGUGGAUUGCAAAGCUUCUCACUUCCUAGUUGCUACCAGGUGAAAUCCUUGCACUUAGUGAACACAGUAGUCACUUUUUUGACCCAAGGUGCCUGAGUAAAAGGGAUGGGAAAUGGGAUCUGGAGCCCGUCACCACCAGGUCUCGCCACUUCCAAUCCAGCCCAUGGCUGCAGUCACGAGAAGUCAGGUACCAUCUAUUGAGUGGUGAGGCCUGGGUGAAGUAAGUUUGGUCUCCGUCCUGUCCCUACCAAACUGCCAUCAUGGUUGUCACGGUAACAUGAGGUGGCCCAGGACUGAAUGGGCCCUGGAACCUGAACUUCCCCUGGUUUCUGGAGGUAGUCCCCUCCAGACCAAGACCCUCACUGGUGAGUGUGGGGAACGUUACACUGCCACUGCUUGUACUGUACCUUGGCUGUGUCUAAACUGGACUUGUCUUCAGGGCUCUCAGUCCAGCCCCUUUCACGAGCACAAAAUUCACUCUGAAAGUGCCAGCUCUAAACUUAUGAGGGUGGUGCUGGAACCUGCUAUGUAUUUGCAAACCCAGGAUGUUGGCCGCAUGAAGGGACAGGGCUGAGGGGCGGAUCAGUUGAAACUGAUUAAGCAUCACAAGAAAUUGCCAUAGCCAAUCCAGUAACGCUUUCAGUGUUACUAAUGUAGCUCCCAACAGGACAAGCUAAAUCUAACCGGUGUUGCUCGUUCUGUUCGUGUGAGCUCUAAUACUAGGGGUUCAAUAUCCUGAUUGAGUCUUUUUUUUUAUGUUUUAACUCUCCCUCCUUAUGCACUUCAGCAGGGGCUCCACGCGGGAUUAAGGGUGGUGGUGAUUGAGGGGGAGAGAUGGGUCCUACAGGGGGGUUUCCACAAAGCCUUUCAGUGUAGAUGGGACUAAGUGAUCCUGAAUCUUGCUACAGCUGUGGACACACACAAGACUGUGGCAUGGCCGCCAGGUAGGACAGUGCUGUAGCCAAGUCCCCCUCUGCUUUAAAAAUGGAUCAUGUGGACAGUCCCCACUCCAGCUUUUCAGAUGAAAGUGUUUUUAUGCAUGUGUUGCUGCUAUCUAGAGAUCCUGCCCCUUCUCGGUCACCAGUAAGACUCUGCUUACCCCGGAAAGGGGCAGGAGGGGACAAUGCUUUAAUCAGGCUCCCUGUUAGCAAGAGCUGAAGUGAUUGUAUGUUGUCUUCCUGUUAAGAAUGAGUUGGUUUUAUAGUGCUGCUGAGAGAUUUACUUUGAUACCAGCUCUAUUGCAGAUACUAGAAUACGUUUUCUGACUGUUCUCAUGAAUUAAGAACCAUGCCUGUUUUGCACACUAUGGGUAGAAAAUAAACCUGCAGCCUUUUACUGUGA